AUGUUUAGACAAAUUGCAAACAAAUCAACCAAAUUUGGAUUAAGAAAUUAUUCAACUGGUAAAGAUAUUAAAUUUGGUGCAGAAUGCCGUGCAUUAAUGUUACGUGGUGUUGAACAAUUAGCAGCAGCCGUUGAAGUUACAUUAGGUCCAAAAGGUAGAAAUGUAAUCCUCGAUCAACCAUUUGGUCAACCAAAAAUUACUAAAGAUGGUGUUACUGUCGCUAAACAUAUUGAAUUUGCUGAUCGUCACAUUAAUUUAGGUGCUCAAUUAGUUAAAGGUGUUGCUUCAAGUCAAAAUGAUCAAUCAGGUGAUGGUACAACAACAGCAACCAUUUUAACAAGAGCAAUUUUUGCAGAAGGUUGUAAAGCAGUUGCUGCAGGUAUGAAUCCAAUGGAUCUUUGGAGAGGUAUUAAUUUUGCAGUUGAAAAAGUUGUUGGUGAACUUAAAACCAUUUCACGUCCAAUUUCAUCAACUGAAGAAAUCUCACAAGUUGCAACCAUCUCUGCAAAUGGUGAUAAAGUUAUUGGUAACCUCAUUGCUAAUGCAAUGGAAAAGAUUGGUAAAGAAGGUGUCAUCACUGUUCAAGAUGGUAAAACUUUAAAAGAUGAGUUAGAAAUUAUUGAAGGUAUGAAAUUUGAUCAAGGUUUCAUUUCACGUUAUUUUAUUAAUGAUGCUAAAGAACAAAAAUGUGAAUUUGAUGAUCCAGUAAUUUUAGUUGUUGAUGGUAAAAUUUCAAAUGUUCAACAAUUAGUACCAAUUUUAGAGUUAGUUCAUAGUAAACAUAAGAAAUUAGUUAUCAUUGCAGAUAAUAUUGAAGGUGAUGCAUUAUCAGCAUUAAUUUUCAAUAAGAUGAGAGGUUUACAAGUUUGUGCAGUUAAAGCACCAGGUUUUGGUGAUCUCAAGAGAGUAAACUUACAAGAUAUUGCAGUUAUUAGUGGUGCUCAAGUUAUUAGUGAAGAAUUAGGUGUUAGACUUGAGGAUGUUGAUAUCACAAUGUUGGGUAGUGCAAAGAAGAUCACCAUCGAUAGUGAUAGUACCAUCAUUUUAGAUGGUGCCGGUGACAAAGCAGCAAUUCAAGAACGUGUCGAAUUAAUUCGUGAAUCACUCACUCGUACAACCUCUGAUUAUGACAAGACUCAACUCGAAACUCGUUUGGCAAAGAUUGGUGGUGGUGUUGCUGUUAUUCGUGUCGGUGGAGCUUCAGAGGUUGAAGUUGGCGAAAAGAAGGAUCGUAUCACCGAUGCCCUCAACGCCACAAAGGCUGCCGUCGAAGAAGGUAUUGUUCCAGGUGGUGGCACAGCACUCCUCUACUCUACUUUAGCACUCAAGAAAAUUAAAAUGGAUAACUUUGAUCAAACCAUUGGUGUAAAGAUCGUUAGAGAUGCCCUUUUAAUCCCAUGUAAAACAAUCGCAAAUAAUGCCGGUGUCGAAGGUUCUGUUGUCAUUGGUCGUCUCUUAUCAAAACGUGAUUUCGAAUAUGGUUACAAUGCUCAAAAAGGUGUUUAUGAAAAUAUGAUUCAAGCUGGUAUCAUCGAUCCAACUAAAGUUGUUCGUACCGCUUUAAUCGAUGCUGCUUCUGUCGCUUCAUUAAUGACUACCACUGAAGCUAUGGUAGUUGAAAUUAAAAAAGAUACUCCAAUGCCACAAAUGCCACCACAAAUGGAUUAUUAA